AUGUCACUGGCUGCCCUUCUUAGCGCGGCUGCAUGGCCAGCUGCGGUCUCUGUGUGUUUGCUGGAGCGUCUUGGCUAUCCAAUGAGAUUGCAGCAUGAGCCUUUCUGGGACAACGUGCCCAUCUUGGCGUUUGGAAGCCAAAUGGUCGGAUUGUCUACAGUGGCCACACCCGGCACUGCAGCAGCCACCUGCCGUCCGAAGAGCAGCACACUUUUGCCAGCCACGGGCGCUCUGGAGCAGCUGAUAGAGGCGUUCCACUGGCCCUCAUUGCGACAGUAUUUGCAGCCUUUGGCUUACAUCUCUUAUGCUGAAGCAGUACAAAAACUGGACAGGAUUUCCUGGAAGUUUCCCAACUGGAGAGCAGAAGGGCCCCUGCAUGAGACAAUGACGCUCUCGGAUGGCUUUAAUAGCUAUUGGCAGGCUUUGCAAGAGGCUUUGCAGGAAGGGUCCCCCUGCCGCAGUGCAUCCUGCUUCGCUGCCGUUCUUCUGGGAGAGAUCAUGCAGCUUGCCCGGGAGGCUCUAUCCAGGCCGCAGGAGAGGCCCUCCUUGGAUGAUCUCCUCCUCUCGCUUCGCCUGAUGCUGCCGACGCCUGGACAUCAGUGGAAACAGUGGCUGGACUCCAACUGGAGCCAGCCAUUGCUCGAGUCUCUCUUGGUGCUUCUGGGGGCGCUGACAGCACAGCCAGUGGAGGGGACGGCAGUGAAGAUGGAGGAGAUCCUGAAAGAUCUACUUGCAGCGCCUGAUUGCAAGGUGGUGGCUGCCAACUUUCUGAUGUCUGACUUCCAAUCACUCUGGGAAGACCCAGAAACUGCCCUGCAAGCAAGACCGCUGCUUCGUUUGGUUGCAGACUGCUUGCCAACGACGGCGCUUGAGAGUGAUGACCAUGUGCAGACAUUGGCCCUUGGAGAGGACAUGGUGGCACACGUUCAUGGUGCCAGCGCCUUCCUUCAGGUUGAUCAGAUGGGACAGCACUGGUUGCGUUUGGAGUUUCUACACUUCGUCUCCACCAGGGAUGGAAGCGUCAGACUGACGGUCUAUGGACACCUGAAGAGGGACCGGAUGUACUACGCGCAGGCCUUGACGUUGCCACUGGCUUUGGUGCAGAAGUGGCGCUGUUCUCUGCCGGAUCUAGCAACAGAGGAUGCCCGUGUGGCUUCAUUUUUCGGCUAUGAUGCCAUUGCUUAUUGCGAUCUCAAGCUUUCCCCAGAAAUACCUGGAGAGUUGCAGACUUCUUUGCGAAUGGGCGAUGCUGGUGCCAGCCUUCGCCUUUGCCCCGCACCACAGAGACGUACUUGGCGCAUUGCUGCUUGUACCCAGCCACUACAUAGCUUUGCCAAGAUGGAAGAGUUGAAUCCCACUCUGUUGAAAGACUUCCUUGACUAUCACCGGCUCAUGGGCAUUGAUCAUUUCACUAUCUUCGAUGCAGACGGAAGUCUCUCGGGGCCCCUGGAGCGAUAUCGUGCUAAAACCCAAAUUCCUAUGGAGUUUUACUACGUGGACCACUGGCCAAAGCGCUUUGGCGCGGCGCACGCACCAAGUGGGUCCGAAGCCUGGCGCCCCCUGCUAUUUGAGGUUGAAGCUGAGAACUAUUGCCUCUGGCGUUACCGUGGUCAAGCUGACUGGGUUGUGGUGCUGCACUCCCCUGAUGAAUUCCUGCAUGUCCUUGGCUUUUCCGGUCCUGGAGCGCUGCAGCAGUUUCUGGAGCCGCUGGAGGCGCAGCGAUCUUCCAUUAGCCACGUGGAACUGCGGCAGAUUCUCUUUGGCGGCGACGGCCACGAUGCCAACAGCUUGCCAGGGCGCUUCAGGUAUCGUGAAGAGGGCUCGGAAGCUGCGUCUGCGGUGGGGCAUACAGUGAUUGUGAAUGUGGAGAAUGUGGCGCAAGCAGGGGUCCAUCCGGCCAGGCCACGCCCAAGCUUAGCUUCCGAGCCGCCUCUGAAGAUUGUCCAUGCUGAUCCGAUGAGGGACAUGCGGGUGAACCAUUAUGUCAAUGCCUUGGGACAGCAACGCUGCGGAGCGAAACUUUGCAAAGUCCUGGAUGAAAGCGCUGUGUGGGCAGAGGAAAUGCUGAGCUUUCCCCGAACAGCACGAAAAAAGGGCCGUGGGGUGCAAGGGGUGCCAGAUGCACACUGUGAAACUCACCACGCCUUGGUGAAUUAUUUGCUUGGAAAAAUGUACCAUGAAAAUGAGCACUAUCCCAUCAGCAAGUCCAAGAUCUGUUACUGUAAUGAUGAAUUUUCAAACUUUGGCCACCGAUGUACAGAUCCUUGCAGGUUUCUUGUACAACCUGCACUGAAAAUCGUCAGUAUGUGA